UAUAAACAUGGAUUCUUAUGUUAUGAUGGGGCUGAGGAUGACAAGGCCGGGGAAGACUUUGACAUAGGGUGUUUUUUGCAUGCAAAUAGCUAUUUUAUCAGUACUUUAAACCUCAGAAAUAAGUUAAGCAUGGACAUGCUUGAAGCCUAACGUACCAGCUACAGACUUUGUACAAGGGCCUAUUCUCACUAGACCGUUUCCUGUAUUAAGAGACAACCCCAAGCCAUCCUUCAAACAAUGCUUCUCCAUUUCUGGUUGAAGGUCACUUCUGUUAAGCCUCAGCAUUUGCACAUCGGGAACAUAUUGGUUUGAUUAAAGCUUUGAUUUAAAAAUGCCCAGAAAAAGCAUAGACUAUGGAGAGCUCCCAGAGUAUGAGAAGAGCCAGAUCAAGAGGACCCUGGAGCUGGGAACAGUUAUGACCGUGUACAGUCUCAAGAAGUCUAACCCAGAAAGAAGGACCAUUCAAGUCAUAAUGGAAACCAGACAGGUAGCGUGGAGCAAGACGGCUGACAAGAUUGAGGGCUUCUUGGAUUUGAUGGAAAUAAAGGAAAUUCGCCCAGGGAAAAAUUCAAAGGACUUUGAGCGUGGGAAAGCAAAGCAGAAAGAUGAACAUUGCUUCACAAUUUUUUAUGGUACCCAAUUUGUUCUCUGCACAUUAAGCUUAGCAGCUGAUUCUAAAGAAGAUACCGAUAAAUGGCUGUGUGGCUUGAAUAUCUUGCAUCAAGAAGUUAUGAGUGCUCCCACACCUGCAAUCACAGAGAGCUGGCUGAGAAAGCAGAUCUAUUCAGUUGAUCAGACAAGAAAGAACAGUAUCAGCAUUAGGGAACUGAAGACCAUACUUCCACUAGUAAACUUCAAAGUAGGCAGCAUGAAGUUUUUGAAGGAUAAGUUUGUGGAAGUGGGAGCACCCAAGGAAGACCUAAGUUUUGAACAAUUUCACUUGUUCUACAAGAAAAUUAUGUUUGAACAACAGAGAUUGAUUCUUGAGGAAUUCAAAAAGGAUUCUUCUGUGUUCAUUCUUGGAAAUACUGACCAUCCAAACGCUUCAGCAGUCCAUCUACAUGACUUCCAGAGAUUUCUGCUACAUGAGCAGCAGGAAUCUUGGGCACAGGAUAUCAGUAAAGUCAGAGAACGAAUGACAAAGUUUAUAGAUGACACUAUGAGAGAAACUGCUGAGCCUUUCCUCUUUGUUGAUGAGUUUCUGACUUACCUUUUCUCAAAAGAAAACAGUAUUUGGGAUGAUAAAUAUGAUGCAAUAGAUGCCCAGGAUAUGAAUAACCCUUUGUCCCACUACUGGAUCUCUUCCUCUCACAACACAUACCUCACGGGGGACCAGCUUCGAAGUGAAUCCUCCACAGAAGCUUAUAUCAGGUGCCUUCGCAUGGGAUGUCGCUGUAUUGAGUUGGAUUGCUGGGAUGGUCCUGAUGGGAAACCGAUAAUUUAUCAUGGAUGGACUCGGACAACAAAAAUCAAAUUUGAUGAUGUGGUGCAGGCCAUCAAGGAUCAUGCGUUUGUCACAUCUGACUUCCCUGUGAUUCUCUCUAUUGAAGAGCAUUGCAGUGUGGAACAGCAGCGACACAUGGCCAAAGUGUUCAAGGACGUAUUUGGGGACCAGCUUCUGACAAAGCCUAUUGAAGCCAGUGCAGAUCAGCUGCCAUCACCAACUCAGCUGAAAGAGAAAAUUAUCAUUAAGCACAAAAAGCUGGGACCGAAGGGAGACGUAGAUGUGAACCCGGAAGACAAAAAGGAGGAGAAAAAGCAACAAGGAGAACUUUACAUGUGGGAUACUAUUGAACAGAAAUGGACUCGACACUACUGUGCUGUUGCUGAUGAAAAGCUUUCAUUUGGCGAUGAUAUAGAACAGAACCCUGAUGAAGAUCCACAGAAGGAGGUGAAACGUACUGAGCUGCACUUACGUGAGAAAUGGUUCCACGGGAAAAUGAAAGAGGGGAGAACCACUGCCGAGAGGUUGCUUCAGGAAUAUUGCGCAGAGAUGGGGGGCAAGGAUGGCACUUUCCUUGUUCGGGAGAGUGAAGCUUUCCCUGAUGACUGCACUCUCUCGUUCUGGAGGUCAGGUCGUGUCCAGCAUUGCCGCAUCCGCUCUUCUUUGGAAGGCGGAGUCAUGAAAUAUUACCUGACCGACAACCUCAUGUUUGAUAGUAUCUACGAUCUUAUUCAACACUACAAGGAAGCCAACCUGCGAUGUGCAGAGUUUGAGUUGCGUCUGACUGAUGCUGUGCCCAAUCCCAGCCCCCAUGAAACUAAAGACUGGUACUACAGUAACCUGAGCCGAGGAGAAGCAGAAGACAUGUUGAUGCGAAUUCCUCGAGAUGGAGCAUUUUUGAUUAGAAAGAGAGAUGAGCCUGAUUCAUUUGCCAUGACUUUCAGAGCUGAGGGGAAAGUGAAGCACUUGCGCAUUAAACAAGAAGGCCGCCACUUUUUGCUUGGAACCUCUGCCUAUUUUGAAAGCUUAGUCGAGCUGGUGACCUACUAUGAAAAGCAUCCGCUGUACAGGAAAAUGAAAUUGCGUUACCCUGUGACUGAGGAACUGUUGAAUCGCUACAGCACGGAAAAAGAUAUUAACUCGCUGUAUGAUGUCAAGAUGUACGUGGACCCCAAUGAAAUAACCCCUGCAGUGCCUCAGAGAACAGUGAGAGCCUUAUAUGACUACAAAGCCAAAAGAAGUGAUGAGCUGACUUUCUGCCAAGGGGCUCUAAUUCAUAACGUCACGAAGGAAACAGGAGGAUGGUGGAAAGGAGACUAUGGAGAAAAAGUCCAGCACUAUUUUCCAUCCAAUUACGUGGAGGACAUGUCAUCUGUUAACGCUGCAGAACUUGAAAGCCAGAUCAUUGAGGACAAUCCUUUGGGAGCUCUGUGUCGUGGUAUACUGGUCCUCAAUACAUAUAAUGUUGUGAAAAUGCCACAUGGGAACCAUGAUAAGUCUUUUGUCUUUGUGCUGGAACCGAAGAAUCCAGACGAUCCCCCUGUUGAAUUUGCGACUGAUAAAGUGGAAGAGUUAUUUGAAUGGUUCCAGAGUAUCAGGGAAAUCACAUGGAAAACGACAGAAGAGGAGAAUAGGAGGAAGUAUUGGGAAAAGAAUCAGUUAAUUGCUAUUGAACUCUCUGAUCUGGUUAUCUACUGCAGGCCUACAAGCAAAACCAAGGACAACUUAGAAAACCCUGAUUUCCGAGAAAUCCGUUCUUUUGUGGAAAACAAGGCUGAAGGCAUUGUUAAGCAGAAACCUGUUGAGCUCUUGAAUUAUAACCAGAAAGGACUGACGCGGGUCUACCCUAAAGGACAGAGGGUUGACUCAUCCAAUUAUGACCCCUUUCGCCUCUGGCUUUGCGGUUCUCAGAUGGUGGCUCUUAAUUUCCAGACUCCAGAUAAGUACAUGCAGUUGAACCAUGCCUUGUUUUCGCUUAAUGGGCGGACUGGAUAUGUUCUGCAGCCUGAAACCAUGAGAAAUGAGGACUAUGAUCCAAUGCCAAGUGAGUCAAAGAGGAAAUUACAGAUGAUUCUGACAGUGAGGGUUUUAGGUGCUCGUCAUCUACCUAAACCUGGCAGAAGUAUUGCCUGUCCAUUUGUAGAAGUGGAAAUUUGUGGGGCCGAAUAUGAUACGAACAAAUUCAAGACCACGGUUGUGAAUGACAACGGCCUAAACCCAGUAUGGGCGAUGUGUCCGGAGCAAGUGAAGUUUGAAAUUUAUGAUCCUAACCUGGCAUUUCUGCGCUUUGUGGUUUACGAGGAGGAUAUGUUCAGUGAUCCCAACUUCUUAGCCCAUGCCACCUUUCCCAUCAAAGGAAUCAAGUCAGGCUAUAGGUCAGUCCCUCUCAAGAAUGGUUAUAGUGAAGACAUAGAGCUGGCUUCCCUUCUGGUUUACUGUGAGAUGCAGCAAGUUCUGGAAAGUGAGGAAGAACUUUACUCCUCAUGUCGACAGCUUCGGAAGCGCCAAGCAGAACUGAACAACCAGCUGUUCUUGUAUGACACCCAUGUGAAUUACAGGAACCCGAAUAGAGACGCCCUAUUGAAUGAGUUGAGCAUGAAUGAAAACCAGCUACAGUUGUACCAAGAUACGUGCAACAGGAGAUUAAAGGAGAAGAAAGUCAGUAACAGCAAAUUCUACUCCUAAGGAAGGUAUUCUCUUCGUUGCACCUUCACUAAUGUCACUCAGGAGGCGGCAUUCAUUUGCUCCGGACAUCCUACUCAAUGAACAUUUUGUCAGGCUGAGAAGAGGACAGACAGGUUCCCGUAAUCAUUCCUUGUUAUGAGAGAAACUUGUUCAUUUUAAUUUAUAUUCUGUACCGAGUGUACACUCCUUGCAGGCUAGAUUUGCUGCAUAUUCAAGGUAUUAUUUGCAUCCAGGAUAGCAAACCUCAGGGUGGUGAGGAAGCAAAGGGAGAGAUUUUUAAAGUUCCAGGGCAUGUGGUCCUUCUCACGCAUUUGUGGGGACCUGGCUUUGCCUUGCAGAUACCUGACGUACGAGUGCAAAUUGUAUUCGGCAUGUGUGCGCCUAGGCCAUAGGCUAGGCAUUUACAACUGUUUGCAUGCAUACAACCCUGCAACAGUAGAAACCUGGCUCUUUGAUUGACAGGUAGCAAGUUUAAUUUAUUGAAUGCUGUAAAAGCACUUUUACAAGAUUGAGACAUCAUGUAUAUUACUGUUUUUGAGGCAGAAGAUUGUAUCCCCCACAGUGUAAAAUAUUCAGGGUAAUUUGUAGCUCUUGCUAUACUUUUUCUUGCUAGAAGUUUGUUACAUUUUUUUUAGCACCUGUGAAUGUGUCAGUUUUUGAAAACUAAAUAUCCUCCAAGACUGUUAACUGGGGUACUUGAUGGGCUUCAUGAAAAGCUUUUAAAAAAGCGAGAAAGAAAUGUGAACUUUCUGUAUCAUGUAAAUCUGUUCCCUCAAGGCAAUGCAAGAAAAUAUUUUAAUAUGUGUGGUAGCAGCUAUCUGUUGCUCACAGGAAGGAAAGGUGUUUUAGAUUCUGAAAGGAUAAUUUACUUUGGUGUAGUAUCAUUUUGCAAGUCCUUUCAGCUGGUAAUGUGCAUAGAAAUGAAUUUUUAGCAAGCUGCCUGUCUAUACUUUUAUAAACCUUCUUAGAAGAUACUGUCAAACAGCCCUGCAUUUUCUUAAAUGUAGACUGUUUUCCUAAAAUGUUCUUUUCCUAUGGCACAGCAGUGUGCAAAAGUACAAACAGGUGUGUCAUCAUUAUGGCUUUAGUUAAAAGAACAAUUACAGGAUUUUUAGAUGGGGAAAACCCUAUUAGAUUGUAUUCAGAAAGUUUGUUUCCUUGCAAGAACAGAAUUGCUUUCCUUGGUUGACAUAUUGGAAACCAGAUGUCCUAAUUUGUGUGCGCAUCAAUUCUUCAUGUUAGCAGCUUAUUAUUCAUUAAUGUGAAGUUCCUAGUUGCUCUCUCCAUAUGUGGGUGGAAUUUUUUUCAGUCUGUAUGUUUGAUUGUGCUUCUCAAAUAGGUGCAGAGAGAAUUACAGUCUUCUGUCUUUUACAUAACAGCCCAAGGCUUGAAGCGGUUCAUAUAUAAUACUGUCUCUCUCACCACAGCGAGUUGGCUUGGUUUGGGGGAUUUGCUGCCCAGGAGAAAGCCUUAGCAGUUUUCAGUUUCUCCUCCUCCCCGUGCUACCAUUUCUGUUGUUUCCAGAUUCACUUCCCUGAUACCACUACACAUUCAGAGGACGGUCCAAGGAACACUGUUACAGUUUUGCUUUCUUCAAAAAGGCUCAUUUGACUUCAGAUGGAAGUGUGUUAGUAGAGACUCAGUAACUGCUAAGGGUUGGGCUUCAGAUUUUGAAUACAACUUCUCCUGAAUGUUUUGCAAAUUGAAUACCAGGCGUCCUCAAGGGGGAGAGGUGAGGGCCGCAAAUGCAGCCUCCUGUUCUCUUUCCUGCAAGGUCAAAAAACCCUUUGAUUGCAGCAGGAUUGGGCUGGAUGGUCUGUGGCUGAAAGAAGAAAAAAAAUUGAAUCGGAUUUCUUGCCCAUCCUGCAUCCCAUCAGAUCUUCUCCACAGACAGUCUUGUCCAGCGCUGCCUUGGGGGAGCCAACACAUCAUUGGGAGCCAACCUUUUUGGCAGGCAUGCCAUACUUUAGCUCUGCACCCUCCCCAAGUACCACUUCAAUCCCCUUCCUCUGCCUGCUCUGCUGCUCUGCUUUCUGCCUGACUCUCUCCCUGCCUGAUGUGCUGCUCUAUUUCCUGCUUCCUGGCAUGUGACUGACAGACAGACACCCCGCCCCCAUUUGCCACGGGUUGGUCACCCCUGUUGUCGAUUGCUGGGUGCCCAAAUAUUCUUCUGAAGAAGGGAGUCCUUGUGGACCUGAAAGUCCCCAGAUCCCCUGCAGGCUUUUUUCUUUUUGCCUGGAGGACACCCUUGAGCAGGCUUUUGGAUCCAGGUGCACGGUAACCUCUGGGCAUGACACGUGGUGAAGAAGUUUCCCAUUCCUUACAACAGAGUAUUUUCCUGCAGCAUUUUGACUGAUCCAAACCCUACAGGUGAAAUAUUCCCCUUGAACUCUAGAGUCCAAGAGCACCGGACCCCAAAUUUUGAGUAUCGGUGAUUGUGUCUGAACAUAACUUGUUCAGGUGGCCCCUUUUCUCCCAUUAUUAUUUCCUUCCCUUGCACAGAGUAGUAUGUGUGUAUGGGAAGCCGAUACGCUGUUACUGCACGUGUAUGUAGGCAUUGGUGCAUUUCACAGUGCUUCGAAAUGACCCUUGAAAGUCCUCGGUGCGUGCGCCAGGUUGCAGUUGCUGGUGGGCAGAGACAGCCCUUCAUUGUGGCACAUACCAAAUUCUUCUUAAGUAUUGCUUGGUACUUGAAAGGAAAAUAAGCAGACUCGAUAUUCAGCUGGCAUUCAGACCAGGUGGAACAAGGAUUUUUUUCUCUCCUCAUUUUCAGUGUCCCAUGUUUGAACAACUUUCAGGCCCCCAAGAGGUGUCAGCGCUUUGUUGGGAUUAAGUCUAUGCCAGCACUUCGGCAUCCUUGCGACUGUUCCAACGCUGAAGUACUGGGUUUGAAUGUGUGGGCUAAUUUUUAAUCUAUGCAAAGAAAAAAAAAUCUCCCAGAUUUGCUCACUAUAAAAGCUCUUAAAUGUCUGUUAAAAAUUUGUAUGUUGUUUUCAUAGACCCGAAGCUAUUGUAAGUCCUUAAAAAAAUAACUUAUUUUUUUAACGUAUGGAGUACUUUUUGAUAUUGUACCAGUUACAUGUCUCUGUAGCAUCUGAUCUAUAUUUAAAAAUACAUAUUCAGCAGAAGUUAUCCUAGUGAUUUCUGAGGUGCGCUUUUCUGGAUUUGGAUCUUUGUUCUUGGAAUAUAAAACUAACCUCCCCAAGCUAUUGAGAACAAGGCCUUUCAUCAAUGCAACCCACCAGUGCUGAAGAACAAUUUAGUUGUGAAUUAUUUUGCAAACUGCUGAAUCAAGCCAUCCACCACACAGAGAAUGUGGGGAUGUUGAGAAGCUAGCAGAAAUGAAAGGCAGCUUUGAGGGGAAAUGCCGUUUUUGGUUGUCACAUAGGAUCAGAGGCUGUAAAUUUCCAUUCUGUGCUGGCGGGGUAACUGAAGUUUAAUUUUUUUUAAAUAAAUACAUAUACACAUCCAUGAAAAGUUUGAGCAUGUUUCAUGAGUACUGUAUUUUUACAAGUGUAUCAGUUACUUCUCUGACAUUAAACGGUUGCCGAUCUUCUAAAUCAA